AUGCCGCCACCGAGGCGAAGGGGGCCACGUGGCGGUGCCGGCGGCACAAAGCGCGGCGUGGACUUUGAGGCGUUUUACGCCAGAGCUUACGGCACACGGUGGCCGGCGCUCCGGAAGGCGUUGACUGCGCCGCCGCCACCGAAGGUGGCGCUGUGGAACCGCUUUUGCCAGUUGCCAUUCGAGGAGGUGAUGGCCAACAUGACGCGCGUCGACGACGCCUCGCUGCUGCAGGUGUUUCGGAGCCACGGCGCGUGUGAGGUGGCGCCCCCCGUCAGUGACGAGUUCAACGUGAAGGCGUACUACCUGCUUGACUACGCCUCGGCGCUGGUGGUGGAGCAGCUGGGGGUCAAUGCGUUUGAUCACGUCCUGGACAUGUGCGCCGCCCCCGGCGGGGGUUCGAUUGGAAUUGCGCAGUUCCUCUCCGCCGACGGGACACUGACGGCAAACGAGCCGCAGCAGGAGCGCUGCGCCCGGCUGCGGCGCAGCAUUCGGGAGUACGUUCCGUCAAAUUACGUGCCCGUGACGAUCACCCAACGCAGUGCCGAGACGUGGCAUGCGCCGUCGACGUACCACCGCGUGCUCGUUGACGCCCCGUGUAGCGCUGAGCGGCGUCUCCUGCAGCACGCCGGCGCCGCCCCCGUCAGUUCCAAAGCCUGGACGGAACAGGCCUCGACGGAGCUGCACCGCCGACAGUGCGCGAUGCUGCUGCGGGCCGUAGAGACCUGCCGCCCGGGCGGCCGUGUAGUGUACACCACCUGCUCCAUUUCCCCGCUGGAGAAUGACGAGGUCGUGGGGGACGUGCUGCGGCGAACCCGCUGCCAGGUGGAGGUGCAGGCGCCAACGCUGCGCAACGUGGGCGAGAAGACGCGCUACGGCCACGUUGUCCUCCCGGACACCGCCGGGGGGUUGGGCCCAAUGUUUUGCUGCGUGAUCCACAAAGUGUCUGACAGGCGGGAGGAAGGCGGCAGCGAAGACGACGAGGAAGACGACGACGAGGGUGAUAAAAACAAAGAUUAA